AUGUUUUUUCAGACGGCAAAAGAAGACAUCUUUUGGGCCGACGGAUUCCCAGAUAGGACGUGUGGUGACAUGCCGCGUGUGGCGUUGGGAUUUACGCAAGCGGGUCUCAUCGAUCUACCUAAUAUUGCACGUCAUUUCGUAGUCUGCACAUUCGGUUCACCACCUAACGUGAGACCUGACGAUGGGAGCGAGAGGUGCCAUGCUGCUGCCAAUUUUAUCAACGGCCAAUGCAAAUGCAAGAACGAGAGGGACGACAUUCGUAACACAAAACAAUUUCCUAAAAGGGAAGAGGAUAACAAUUAUGCUCCGGGAACACUGUGCUUGGACUGCACUCGUGAUCGACAAUUUGAUGUUGUUAUAAUAUUGGACCACAGCUCCUCAUCAUGGAGAGAAGUUCGUCAGGUUACGCAGCUUUUUACAUACUUCAAAAUCCCGCUUGCGGUUUUCUAUUCACAUGUCAGACUAAUGCAAAUACGAAAGAAUGGAUUAACUCUUGACUCGAAGAAGUUUUUCAAAGGGGAACUGGAUGUCCUCCUGAAAUUCAACGAUGAGGACUAUGGAGUGAGAGAUGCACAUUGGGAAUCGGGCUCAGGCACGCCAGCUAAGUUGCGAGGCGCCCUCGAGACAGCAUACACAAAGAUAGUUGAAGAACCUCACCGGUUCAAAAUGAUAAUCAUGCUGUUGGAAGAACCACCCUCGGACCUCAACGAAGCCGCAGAUUUACUCAAAAAACUACGUCAGGACCUCAGAGAGUAUGGUCAUGUGGAGACGUUCGUAGCCUCUAAGAGAAAUCAGAAACAGGAAAGAUUCGAAGAGUUAUCUUCUUCAAAACAAGUUUUCGAAAUUGCCAGGGGGGAUCCAAAAUUUUUCGUAAGUGCAAUUUAG